AUGUCCACCAAGCGACCAACGAACCAACGCGCCUCGUCAUCCUCGACAACCGCAUCUCCCUCCCCCGGACCCACCUCCAAACGCCAACGUCUAUCGGCGCCACACAACGCCCUUCACGGACACAAAGUAUACAUCAUCACUGCCAAACUCGAGAGCUCUACCAUCAGCGAGCUUCAUGAGCUUGUCGAGCGCUCCGGCGCCGCGCACGCCCGAAGCCCUGAAGAUGCCGACGUCAUCGUUACCGCCAUCGGGAUGCGCAAGCGCUUCGAGCGGCAUGUCGACUGGAAAGUGGCCAAAAGCAAGGCUGUCGUCCGCCCGGCAUGGCUUGAGGAUUCGGUUGCGCAAGGAAAGGCAUUGCCAUGCGAAGACUACGCCGCGCUUCGCGAUCUCAAGGAGACGACCUGCGCGAACUGUCCCUCCGGCCGGUGCACUUGCGGGCCCACAGACUCAGACUCAGACACCUCACCUCUCAAUACGCCGACCAAGGCCAAGAAACCGCGCUCAUUUGAUCACAGUCAACGUGAAUCCGCCGUGGCGAGGACGAGUGCGCGAACGGAAAUACCGGGGUACUUGCUUCCCCCGGAGACGCCCUAUGCAGUGGAGAUGGAGAAGUUACGGUUCAAUACGAGGUUCUCGUGUCAACGCGCUACACCACUACGCUGUAUCAAUCAAGAUUUGUGCGAUACACUCGAGAUCAUACGCCGGAGCCGGCUUCUUGUGGGCGAGGACCGUAGCGCGCUGAGUUACGGACGCGCGAUAGCUGUUAUCAAGUCGUUCCCGAAGAGGAUCACCGGCGAGACGAGGGACGAAGCCAAAGAGUUACCGAACAUCGGGGUGAAGCUGUCUAAGAUGAUCAACCUCUGGCUCGAUACAGGGCAGAUACCUGAGAUCGAGAAGAUCCGCCACUCAGAGCGCUUCCAAGCCCUCUCAUCCUUCGCCGAGAUCUACGGGAUUGGACCGACCACAGCGCGACACCUGUACGCAGUGGGGGUGCGUACGAUGACCGAGCUAGAAGCCUACUACGAGGCGGAUACGGCGCCCGAGAGUCUUGUACACCUACAAGAGGACUCUCAAGACGCAGUUGACCCUAGUGCAGAACCAGAUCCAGGGGUCUCGAUGACGGAGGCGGACCACAUGGGAAGCAACCCGCAGGAGACGUGGAUAAAGAUCGCCCUCUCCUGGCGGCACGAUUUGGCGAAGAAGAUAGCGCGCAAUGAAGUCGAGUCCAUCCGCGAUGUGAUUUGUGCUGAGCUCGAGAAGAUGCAGCCAGGCUGCGUGAGCACUAUAGUCGGAGGGUACAGGCGCGGGAAGACGGAGUGCGGCGACGUCGAUAUAGUCUUCACGCAUCCGGAUGGCGGACGCGUGCCCGGCUUGUGUCGUCGGUUUGUGCGCGAUCUGCACAACAAGGGGCUCGUGACACAUGUAAUCCACUCCAUGGGCUUCCACUCUCAUGACCCUCUGCGCACGCAUCACUGGGAUUCGCUCGAGAAGGCACUCACCGUGUUCGUACCACCUGGACAGACAACCCGGCGGCGCGUUGAUCUGAUCUUUGCGGCACCGGAGGUGUACUGGACCGCUGUUGUUGGCUGGACCGGGUCGAUGAUGUUCGAACGCGAUUUGCGCUCGGUUGCGAAGCUCCAGGGUAUGAAGUUUGACUCCUCCGGAAUUUCACGCCGCCGAGACUCGAAGCUAUUUCAUCCGCGCUCAGAGAAGGAAAUCUUCGACAUGUUCGGCCUAGCCUGGAUCCCACCCGAACUCCGCAACGCAGACGCGUAG